AUGACGGACCUUCGACAGCGGGUACCAGUCGGGGGACUCAGCGAUGUUGGAGGCGAGGUGAUUUGUCUUGAUGACGAGGGUGUUAUCGAGGAAGGUGUUGAUGUAGGUUUAGUUGGUGGGGGUAGUGGUGGGGGGUAUCAUUACUAUGAUGACGGGAGUGAAGAUACCUCGGAGUCAGAGACGACUUCGGACGAGGAGGAGGAUGAUGUUUGUGGCGGGCGGGGAGGGUGUGGAGGGUGUUGGGAGGAAGAUGAAUGUUGCUUUGAGAUGGUGGGGUGUUGUGCUGGUGGGUAUGGGUUGCAGGCUGGAGGGGGAAGGGGGGGUUGUGGGAUUGGAUUUGGAUGCGAGGUUGGUGGGAGGAUGACACCAAGGGAUUGUGGAGGCGAGAGGGGGAAGAAGUGUAAGGAGUGUGAGACGGGGAAGAAGUGCAAGACAUGUGAGAAGAGGAGGAAGAAGAAGGGAAAAGGGUUCUGGAGUAAGCUUUAUCCUGUGAAGAAGCUGGGGGAGUGGGGUGGUGAUGUUGUAGGUGUUUCGAGGUGUCCUGGUGAGGUUGGUAUUCCCUUCUCUGUGACCCUUUUAUUUGGGUCUUGCCUUCUGAGGUCUUGUGGAGAGGUGAGGGCUGAGACUAAAGAAGAAAGACGUUUGUUGUUUGUGUUUGAAUGUCGCUAA